AUGUUAGUUCGGAGGUGGGAAAAGUGUCCCCCGCUUUGUCCGUCCACCGCACCCCAACUUUCACUUUCGACUCACACCGCCACAUUCUUGGCAACCAGGCAGCCUAGUUACAAAGUUCCUACUCGCCCACUUCCCCCUCCAAACCUCUCCCUCAACUCAAGACAACCACGAACCACAGACCAACUGCUACAGAGACAAUCGACUACGACUCUAUCCGGCUGUCGCCCGCCAUGGCGGCUCCGGAUACACACAGAGCUCGCCGUAGCUCAUGCUGCCGACGUUCCUUCGCUGCUGGAAACCCUACCCGAAGAAAUCAUUUGCGAAAUUGCUGCACAUCUCGAAUUCGCCGGCCUAUGCGCGCUGCGUCUCACUUCGCAUACAAUGGCCUACAAAUCAGAAUUUACGUUCAGAUCAAACUACAGAUGUAGAGACAGGUUUGUCAAUCUCACGAUGGAAGGACUCGAAAAGCUACAUGAGAUGUCUCUGGACCCACUAUUUUCGCAGUCCAUUACGAGACUCUAUUUCAGACACCCCUCCUCUUUGAGCGAACUUGCAGAGAAAGCAGAGUUCGUGGGAAACCAAACCUCGACUCAAACAGUGGAUCCGCGCAUGGCUUUAUUGCUUUCUACUUUGGGAAACCUCAAGGGGGUUAAAAUAGUAGAGCUUGACGAUAAUUGUUAUGGUAACGAGGGAGAGCCUUGGAGCACAUUGUCAAUGCGCGCAAUCUGCAUUGCAGUAAAGGUCCUACGCCCACAACUCAAGAGAAUGAGAUUGCAUGGGUAUUGUCACUGUCAACUUUCGAAAACUGAGGAUGAUGGAGAGAUUGAAGAGACGUCGGACUGGGAUCUCGAGGGCCUGGAAGAUUUGCAAUAUCUUUGUUUGGUUUGUUCCUCCGUCAGGAACACCCAGAGCCCCUCUCCUAAUUACGAAGUCAUAAGACAGAUGACUUGUCUCAUCACUGCUGGAUCCAAAAUAACGGAACUGGAUAUAAGAGUUCUAAAAUACGAUGAAGAUGAACUGCUAGGUCGUCAAUUAGUCCAAAUGUUCAACUCUCUCCAGAACAUCACUAGGUUCACAUCCCUUCAGCUUAUGGGAUUCACGUUCAGAUCGGUAGAUAUCCUCGCUGUGCUCGCUAAGCUCAAAAGUCUUAAGCACCUUGGAUUCUUCGAUUGUAUCCUAAUCGAAGCUGGGAGUUGGAUCGAUGUUAUUCGCUUUAUGAGGAACGGCAUGGAUCUGCAAGGGUUCGGCUUCAGUAGAAACGGAAACCCUGGAUACACGAGAGUUAAGUUUGUCUGGUCAGAGCCAUAUGUCUACUUCAGUAAGAGUUUGCUUGCUGGAGAUGACGGAUGGGUGUAUGUCACAUACUACGAUGACGACACCAGUAUUGGCUGGAGUUAUCCAUCGGCCGUGAAAGAAAGGGGGAUAAAGAAAGUACUUGACGAUAUGAUUGCCGGCUUUACAGAAGUAGAGGAUUAG